AUGACGCCUCACGGAGAUGCCAGCUUCGGGGACAAGGACGAGAGCGAGCGGCACGAGCCUCUCGUCCUGGAAAGCGUGCCUGAAGAGGCAGGACAAAGCUGUCAGACCGUGUUGCUCCGCCAUCUUAAGAAACACUGCUCAUGCUCACCGCAGAAGAUCAAGUCCAAGGUCUUUGACUUUGUCCCCAUCCUGAAAUGGCUGCCGCGCUACCAGUUGAGAAACUGGCUCCUCGGAGACGUCAUGUCGGGACUCAUUGUGGGAAUCCUAUUGGUACCCCAGUCAAUCGCCUACUCCUUAUUGGCCGGUCAGGACCCAAUCUACGGGCUGUACACGUCCUUCUUCUCCGCCAUCAUCUACACGCUGCUGGGCACCUCCAGACACAUCUCAGUGGGCAUUUUCGGGGUGCUCUGCCUGCUGGUGGGGCAGGUAGUGGACCGGGAGUUGGCAUCGGCGGGGUACCUCAUGGAGGGCAACGGAGACGGCCUGGCGACCGGAAACAGUAGCGCGGUAGAGGCGUGCGACAGGAGCUGCUACGCGAUAACCGUGGCGGCGACGGUCACCUUCACCGCGGGGGUCUACCAGGUGCUGAUGGGUCUGUUCCAGGUGGGCUUUGUGUCCGUCUACCUGUCAGACUCGCUGCUCAGCGGCUUUGCCACCGGGGCGUCGCUGACCAUCCUCACCUCCCAAAUCAAAUACCUGCUGGGGCUGAAGAUCCAAAGGCCGCAGGGCUGGUUCACCCUCUUCAAGACCUGGUUCAGCCUGCUGGCCAACCUGGGUCACACCAACCUGUGCGACCUGAUCACCAGCCUGGUGUGCCUGGCGCUGCUGCUGCCCACCAAGGAGCUCAACAAUCGCUUCAAAGACAAGUUGAAGGCUCCGAUUCCCUUCGAGCUCUUUGUGGUCAUCAUCGCGACACUGGCGUCCCACUUCGGUCGCUUCAACGCCGUCUACGGCUCGGACGUGGCGGGCGAGAUCCCGACGGGCUUCCUGCCGCCGCGGCUACCGGCGUGGUCGCUCAUCCCCGCCGUGGCGGUGGACGCCUUCUCCAUCGCGCUGGUGGGCUUCGCCAUCACGGUUUCGCUGUCGGAGAUGUUCGCCAAGAAGCACGGCUACCGGGUGGACGCCAACCAGGAGAUGUACGCCAUCGGCUUCUGCAACAUCCUGCCGUCGUUCUUCCGGUGCUUCACCACCAGCGCCGCCCUGACCAAGACCCUGGUCAAGGAGUCGACGGGUUGCCAGACGCAGGUGUCGGGCCUCGUCAGUGCCGUGGUGCUGCUGCUGGUGCUUCUGGUCAUUGCGCCGCUCUUCUAUUCCCUUCAGAAGUGCGUGCUGGCCGUCAUCAUCGUGGUUAACCUGCGCGGCGCCUUGCGCAAGUUCGCAGAGGUCCCCUGCAUGUGGCACGCCAACCGCGUGGAUGCCGCCAUCUGGUUAAUCACCAUGGCCACCUCGGCGCUGGUCAACACGGAGCUGGGCCUCCUAGUGGGCGUCCUGGUGUCUGCCUUCUGCGUCCUCGGCCGGACGCAGCGGGCUCAGGCGCUUGAGCUGGGCCGGACCCAGGACAGGGACCACUACGAGGUUCUGUCGGCAUACCGCGGCCUCCGCUCUCAUCCGGCCGUGGCAGUCUUCAGGUAUCCGGCGCCCAUCUACUACGCCAACCAGAGUUUGUUUAAAAAGUCGUUGUACCGGCACGUGGGGCUCGACCCGGUGAAGGAGAAGACCCAGCGCGUCAAGUUCGAGAAGAAGCUGAAACGACAGAACGGCGAGCAGGAAUCUGUCGACGGCAACGGCACAGCCGGCAUCACGUUGGCGCUGGACCAGAAACCUUUACACGGCUUAGUGCUGGACUGCGGAGCCGUCUUGUUCCUGGACAGCGCCGGUGUCGACGCCCUGAAGGAAGUGCGCAAAGAUUAUGGCGAGCUGGGGGUGGCGGUGGUCCUGGCUCGGUGUAGCCCGACUGUUCUGGAUGCCCUCGGUCGUGGAGGGUACCUUCCGGAAAAACAGGGAGUGGACUACUGCUUGACCUUCUUCACCAUCGCAGAUGCCGUCCAUCACGUGCAGCGUUCGUCGGCGCCAAACUGUCAUUCUAAUGGUGCAUGUUGAGAUUUAAGUGACCUGAUAUGUUUACCAAAACUUGUGCCUUAUUAAGCUGUUGUUAGUUACUGACGGUGCCUUCCUGGGGUUGGAUUUACAAUGCGGGUUUAUGCUAGUUCGUCACUAUAAAGCUGACCUCGGACAAUCACAACAAAAUCGAAAAUAACGCACAAUUUGCACUAGCAAAGAUCUGAGCCACAUUUCAAAGAGGCUUGAAUUGGAUCUGAUGAUCAGGAUUUUGAUCUGAUCCCCCCCCCCCCCCUUUUGUUAUAAUCCAUAUCCAAACUGAGUUAAUCAUGUGGUGCAAAUCCAACCAUGGUGAAGUCUUCCCCGUGUUUUCAUUUUUAUUUUAAGUUCUAUGAGAGAUUUUAGAGUUUAAAAGUAGAAACUAUAACUUGUCCGUGGUUUUUCCAACUCUACUGACUAGGCAUGGGCUGGCUACCGGUUUACCAUGGUUUUAAAAAGUCCUGGGUUUCAAAAUUGCCAAUUUUUUUCCAUUAGCACUUUUUUUUGGGGCUUUUAUUUUAUAUAUUGCUCACCAUCAACAAAAAGUAAAACGUCAUUGGUGCCAGCAGACGAUUAAGCUGUGGACUUAACACUUGCUCUUUUUCAACACAUUCAACGUAACUUUCCGAUAUUACAAUAGCGCUGUCUAGAAAUGAACGUCUGCUACAUAUUGCGAGAGUUGUCUACACUUGGUGAAAUAAAGACUAAAUACUAGUAACUAACUAACUAAGUAGCAAGGCUAUCAGUUUGUGUCCGCUCUGGCGUUACUUCACAAAGCGGAAAACCGAGAAGAAGCAACUUUUGGGAAUUAUUUACAUUAAAUUGUUCAUUGUUUACUUUUUUGGGUUUCAAAAGUACUUAAGAGAACAUGUUCAGUGGGAGAGUUAUUUACCCAAACAUUUUAAUGGUAAUUAUUAUACUGUGACAGUCACUCGCAUUCGAAAAAUGGUCAGUCAUGCCCGCAGAUAUAAAGUUGCGUCUGUGUGUGUUCUUUUUGUAAUUGUGGGUGUACCCCUUUAAGAGUGGAGCGGGGCGGUGUCAGGUAAACUAGAAAAUAAAAGCAGGCUGAGCAGUAGCUCGUUAAGAGCUGUGCUUGCGUGUUUAAAAAAAAAAAAAAGUCAGGCUGUGGUACACUGCGCUGGAUCCAUUUUCAUGUGCGCUGAAAGUGUGCGACAAGUGCGCAGCUUAGAGGGAACAUUGGUCAAGACUACACAAAAUAAGUGACGUCUUUUAAUAUCUGGGUAUUUAUACUCGUAACAAAUUUUAUGCGUGAUUUUUCAUGCUCGACUGUGCAGAUUUACGAUGGCGGGCGGGCGCAUACGUGCCUGUCAAAUCACAAUGACUGCCGUGAAACAGCAAAAUUUUUGUUCAGGUUUAUCACAAUCUCAGAAUCUGAUACCAGCCCAUGCCUAGUAUGGAUCAAUUUUUUUUUUCAUGAACUACUGUAUGUAAUAAUUUUCAGCAACCUCCAGUCCACAAGAGGGAAACAUUACCUGGAAUUUUGUGUUCUAGUUACUGAAACUUUGACAUUUGCUACAAUGUCAAAGUUUUACGUUUAUAGCCAACGUAGCGCAACAGACGGGUUACUGACAUCCAAAUACCGUUUACUGUAUUACAAAAGUCGCAUGAUGUAAUUUAUUAUUCUACACGUGACAAAACCAUAAACUGGCGUUUCUUCAACUGUCAAGCACCGCAGGUUCGAUUCCUCCCUCUGUUUGCCGAGGGCGACGCACUCGCUGAACAAACAGAGUCGAGCAAAGGUCGCGGCCUGUAAAGAAAUUGGGAUUUUCUAUGUAUUUAUUUUAAAAGUCAAGUCCAGAUUGUGGAACUUCAAGCUUGAAUGUAAAAUACCAUCGCAAUGAAAACUCAUUCUCAGGAAUAGCUGCUUGUAUUUUCUCUACAGUCAUGUGGGCUGUGAAUCAUUAAUAUUUUGAAACAUACCUGACCCGGGUUGCACGAGUUAGUGGUGUCAAAAAUGAUACAUGCCGUCCUUAAAAAAUUGAGACUGUGUUGUGCUCGGGCUAGAACUGAUAAAAAUGUGGGAUGAGUCCCUUUUUGUAGUUACUGAUAAGCCUUUUAAUUAAAAAAAAAAAAAAAACAGAGCCAAGUUAGUAGCAGUGUCAAAAACCGUAUAUACUGUUCACUAGCAACUGGAAAGAUUAUUGUCUUUUGUUGCAACAAGAAUGUUGUUUUGCUUGAUGCGGUUAGUUUUGCCGCCGUCACAAACAGAACACAAUGUCAUUAAUAUUUUGAAACAUACCUGACCCAGGUUCCCCGAGUUAGUGGCAUCAAAAACAAUACAUGCAGUCCUUGACCGGCCACAACUGCCCAAAAAAUUAAAACAGUGUUGUUCUGGGCCAAGAACCUUUUUGAACAACACAAACUGAUAAAAAUGUGGGAUGAGUCCCUUUAUUUGUAGUUAUCGACAAGCCUUUUAAUUUAAAAAAAAAAAAAAGUGGAGCCUAGGACUCACACAGUACAUUUGUAAAGGAAAUACCAUUUGGUACAUACAUACGCUGCCGCUGUGUAAAAGCCCCAAGUGCCCACAUUGGAACACGAGAUAUUAACAAAGAAAGACGGUAAACAGAGAGUUUUAUGCUAAUGCUAGCGCCGCGCUAACAGGGCCAGUUAGAAGGAAAAAAAAAAAACCAUAUCGGUAAAAAUCACCAAGACAUGGGAUUAACACGCUAGCGCAACGCUAACAGGUAACCGGUAAAAGUCACUUCCUCGCCACAUAUAUUCCACCGGUCUCACUCUUACCU